AUGGCUGGGGGUGUCAUGUUACCGGAUGGGGGAACAGAGUUUCCAGGGAAGCUCACUUGGAAUGUUGUGCUAUGUACUGUCAUUGCUGCCUUUGGUGGUCUCAUGUUUGGUUAUGAUAUCGGCAUUUCAGGAGGAGUGACAUCAAUGGAUAGUUUUUUGGAGAAGUUCUUUCCGGUGGUAUACAGGAAGAAGCAUCAGGCCAAAGAGGACAAUUACUGCAAAUUUAACGAUCAAUAUUUGCAACUCUUUACAUCUUCACUAUACCUUUCUGCUACUAUCUGUUGCUUUGUCGCGUCAAAAUCAUGCAACAAAUUUGGGCGAAAAAGGACCAUGCAGGCGGCCUCUGCAUUCUUCUUACUCGGUGCUGUCUGCAAUGGUCUUGCGCGAAACCUGGAAAUGCUCAUUUGUGGAAGGCUUUUACUCGGUGCUGGAAUUGGAUUCGGAAACCAGGCAGUGCCGUUAUUUAUAUCAGAAAUUGCUCCGGCAAAAUAUAGAGGAGGACUUAACAUUAUAUUCCAGUUGCUAAUUACAGUAGGCAUUUUUGUAGCCGGUUUAGUCAACUAUGCCACAUCUCAUCUCCCAAAUGGUUGGAGAAUUUCACUUGGUGGAGCGGCAGUUCCAGCUCUAUUCCUUCUAGUAGGUUCACUCGCGAUUGUGGAGACACCCACGAGCCUCAUUCAGCGUGGCAAGAAAGAACGAGGUUUGAAAACUCUGCAGAAAAUCAGGGGAAAAGGCAUCGACGUUGACAAGGAGUAUCAAGAAAUUGUAGCCACCACAGAGAAGGCUCAACAGGUUAAGCAUCCUUUUAAAAUUCUGAUGAAGACCAGUAUGCCCCAAGUUAUUUGUGGAAGCAUAAUUCAAAUGUUUCAGCAGCUCACUGGAAUUAAUGUCAUCAUGUUUUAUGCUCCUGUAUUGUUCCAAACGAUGGGAUUUGAAAAUGAUGCCUCUUUGUUAUCAUCUGUGAUUACGGGGUUGAUUAAUGUUGGCAGCACCCUUGUUGCUGUUUUCUAUGUCGAUAGAUGGGGAAGACGAGCAUUACUGCUCGAGGCCGUUGUUCAAAUGCUCAUCUGUCAGGUUGUGGUGGGAAUAUUUCUUCAAGUGGACUUGCAUGCUACAAAUACAAUGCCAAAGAUCCCAGCCUACAUUGUGGUUGUCCUUAUUUGUACUUUUGUUGCUGGAUUUGCGUGGUCUUGGGGGCCAUUAGGUUGGUUGGUAGCGAGUGAAAUAUUUCCAUUAGAAACUCGAAGUGCUGGAUUUUUCUGCGCGGUGGCCAUGAAUAUGAUUUGGACCUUUAUAAUUGCUCAAGCUUUCCUCUCAAUGCUGUGUGCCAUGAAAGCUGCUAUCUUUUUCUUCUUUUCUUCAUGGAUUGUUAUAAUGGGACUUUUCGCACUUUUCUGGUUGCCAGAAACCAAGGGAGUUCCUAUUGACCAAAUGGUGGACACCGUUUGGAAGAGGCAUUGGUUUUGGAAGAGGUUUUUUCAUCAUGACCAGACUGCUGAUGCAAAAGCUUAAUAAAUAUCCAGCUCAAUGGCAAUGGCAUGUAUUGCUGCAGCUCAUCUUUAAUUUCUUUUUUCAUUUUGUUGGGAUUUGGGGGAGGAGAUUAUUUAGUUAAAUUCUUUGUUUACUUAAUGCUAGAUUCAUUCUGAGUGAUCAUUUCAUUAUUAGCCAUUUAGCCUAAUCUGUAGAUGUAGUUUCUGAUAAUGUUAUGAAAAAUGAUCAUCCUAAGUUUUUGUAACAAGAAUAUUGUUAAAGCCUUUAAGGGUUACUU